GCUGCUUUGGACGCAGAGUGGCGCGUCUAGCUCGUGCAGAGUCUCUAGUUUCCUCUUCUGACGCGUUUCUGCUGCUUACUGGAAGAUUACAGGCGCCAUCUUGGAUCAGGAGAGGUUUUUAAACUGGAAAAAGUCAAAGAGCAGAAAAGAAAAACAACUGCUAUUAUACGUCUGCAAACCCGUCCGUUCGGGCCUGCGGUGAGGAUGACACUCGGUUUAAAUUCAUGACAUCGGUUUUAAAGUACUUUUGAAAGACUCGAACUGAAGUAAAACCGCACUGGAAAAAGAAACAAACAUUGGACAGGGAGAUUUUUCUCUGCAGCUGGGAAAGUUGUUUUGUAUUUGUUCGCUCGCAAGAGAACACGUUUACCUCUAAGAUAUGACAUCAGCGGAUCCAGAUAUGGCUGAGGUCUCUUCACUGGCCAUGGCCACACCAGCCGUGUCGAAGGCCAACAACAAGCGGCAAGCCAGCUCUGACUUUGAAGACGAUGAGGGAAGUAAAUUGUUCAGGUGUGAUGAUGACGGAGGUGGAUCGAAUGACAAGGAGAGAUUUGCCAGGGAGAACCACAGCGAGAUUGAGCGGAGGCGGAGAAAUAAGAUGACCGCGUACAUCACAGAGCUGUCAGACAUGGUGCCCACCUGCAGCGCACUGGCACGCAAACCAGACAAGCUCACCAUCCUGCGCAUGGCUGUGUCACACAUGAAGUCUCUCAGAGGGAGCGGCAACACCAGCACCGAUGGAGCCUAUAAACCGUCCUUUCUCACAGACCAGGAGCUGAAGCACCUGAUUUUAGAGGCAGCUGAUGGUUUCCUGUUUGUUGUGUCAUGUGAGACCGGGCGCGUCGUUUAUGUUUCGGACUCCGUCACACCGGUUCUGAACCAGUUACAAAAGGAUUGGCUUGGAUCAUCACUGUACGACCAGCUUCAUCCAGACGACAUAGAGAAAUUCCGAGAGCAGCUUUCCACCAGUGAGAACAACAGCGGUCGAAUGUUAGACAUGAAAACAGGCACGGUGAAGAAAGAGGGUGGUCAGACAUCUGUGAGGAUGGGUAUGGGUGCACGCCGCUCCUUCAUCUGCAGGAUGAGAUGUGGAGUAUGUCCAGUAGAGCCAGUAUCCAUGAACAGACUCAACUUCCUGACAAGCAGAAACAGGAAUGGAUUGGGUCCUCCUAAGGACGGUGAACCGCAGUAUGUGGUUGUGCACUGCACAGGCUUCAUCAAAUCCUGGCCUCCUGCAGGAGUGACUCUCGCUGAAGAGGAGGCUGAUAAUAAUCAGGGAAAUCGCUGUUGUCUAGUCGCCAUUGGAAGGCUACAGGUCACCUGUUGCCCAGGCGACAAAAACAUAAAUAACAUCAGCGUUCCAGUGGAGUUUAUUUCCCGCCACAACUGCCAGGGCAUGUACACCUUUGUGGAUCACCGCUGUCUAGCAACAGUGGGCUACCAACCUCAGGAGUUACUGGGGAAGAACGUUCUGGAGUUUGCACACCCAGAAGACCAAGGCUUAGUGCAAGACAGCCUUCAGCAGGUGGUGAAACUGCGAGGUCAGGUGCUUUCGGUGAUGUUCCGCUUCCAGUCUAAAUCCCGUGAGUGGAUCUGGAUGAGAACGAGCUCAUUCACCUUCCAGAAUCCUUUCUCUGAAGAGAUCGAGUACAUCAUCUCCACCAACGCCAAUGUCAAUAGAGGUCCGAAUCAGGAUUCCCUGUCCCCCCUUUCCUCCCCGGGGGUGUCACUGCCCCCUUCACUGGGGCAGAGCAGUCCUAACUGCCCCUCCACACCCAGCCCAGGUCAAGUCUCAGCCAGGCAGUUGCAGCAGCAGCAGGAGUUAGACGGAGGGAUCGGCAGAGAUGCAGCCUAUGAAACCAAUCAGGUCACUCUUCCUCAGGUUCCUGUGCAGACUGUAGGUGUAGUCAGUGCUGAUCACAACUCUAAGGCCGUGUCAUCCAGUGCCUCCAGUGGACAGCAGGUUUACCCACCAGCAGCGUCUUUCCCCAGUACUGCACGUCCCAGUGAGCCCUUCAGGUCAGCAGCGAUGGCCCAGCAGAUGGUGCCGGUGUCUCAUUCAGCAGGUCAGAUGCUGGCGCAGAUGUCCCGUCAGAGCACGCCCUCUGGAGUCGCCGUCAGCAACAACAGCCCCAUCCAGGCCCCGGCGGGACCCUCAGUGUCGCCUGGAGUCUGGUCUGCCACACGACCUCCCUUCAACACACAGCAGGUGGCAGGUCAAGUUGGGAAAAGUCCGUCAUCUCAGUUUAACAUGGGUGGUUUCAGCUCCGCCCCAACAUCUUCCACUUCCUUUGGCCAGAUGGGCGGAGCUUCUGCUUCAAUGGCAAACGCAUCAAGUUACCAACAAAUAAACAAUCACACCAACCCCUCAACUAAUGGAUAUGGUGACGUCAGUCAGAUGGCAGCGCAGUUCAGCUCCAGGCCAGUAGAGGGAGUUACAGGGUGGCAGCAGUGGCAAAACCAGCCACACACGCAAGGCACUGCAGACACACACCCGCAAAACCACCAGCCAGAGAUGUUUCCAGAUGUUCUCUCCAUAUUGGAUCAGACCGGCAGCUUCGGGAACGAUGACUUUGGAGAGAUGCCCAUGUUUCCUCCCUUCCCCGAGUGAUCCCGCUUUUCUCUGUCAGUUCCUUCACUCACUGUUGCUCUCUUAUGUGCCAUUUCUUACUCUUUUAACCAAACGGAGAGCAGGGUCGGACAGAAUGGAGGCACAGGGGGAUCUAGCGAAAGAGACGGAUGUGUUGUGAGAAUGGAAGUUAUAAGCCAUAAUGUGAGGAUGCAGGAGGGAGACAGAAACGGCGUAGCGCACAGACAGACAGACGGGCGUUGUUGAAACGUGUUCACUUUGAAACCACGCACACUUGCACACCUCUAGCACAAGCGGUCCCACACUGUCUCUGCCGUACACGCACAUACUUUGAUUUUUUGUUGGCAACGAGGAGGGUUAGUUUGCCCUAUAAACACACACACACACACACACGCGCGCACAAAGGCAGUCUCGUCUGUCUGUCUCUGACUGUGAUUGUGUACCGAUUGCACUGCCUCUUUUCUAAUGCCAUGUGACAUUUUGAUCCCGAUGUUAAAAUGUGUCAGUAAGUCGUUCAGAAAUACGUCCAGAUCAGAUGUGUUGGUCGGGUUCGUUGUUGUCUGUAAAGCAGAAGCAUGUUUUUGUUUUUCUUCUUCUCGUUUUUAAGAGCUGCUUUUUUGAAGAACAGGCUCCCUUUCAGUUGAUGACUUGGAAUUUGAAUUGAAUUGGCCUGACAGGAUGUUGAAUUGGAAACACAGGAAGAUUAGCCUCAAUCAAUUUUUACUGAAUUGGAAUUUUGCACAUUAAAGGCUGGCAUUUACUCAC